AUGACGUCGGGUGAUCUGCGAGUCCUGGAACUGGUCUCCCAUACUCCCAAGAUCACGCCCGGUUUAUCUAGCUGGGUAAUGGACUGGGCGUCGACGGAGGGACGUACGCUACGGCUUCCUCCACAUCUUCGCAGUAUUCAAAAGCGGCUAUUUGAUGCCUCAAGAUCUCAGAAAGUCCAGUACUCGACUGCUUCCGACCAAAGAACCAUUGUUUUGAAAGGCAUGAUUCUUGGCGAGAUUGCUGGAUUAGUUCCUCCCACUGCUGAUUUACCAGAGCUUAAUGACACGGAGAAUCGAAGCCGUCUGAUCGAGGAACGGCUCUAUCUGUCGGCUUUCGAUGAGCCACUCUGUGAUAGGAAGCCUCUAAAUCUUGAUGACUUUAGCGCCGACAAGCGAGGCAAAGCGCUUCUUGACACUGCAACAACGUUGAUGCAGGGAACAAGUGUUCUUUUGCUGGAUUGGUACGACCGAGCCGAAGGAGAGCGCAGCUUGAACACGUUACGUUCCUGGGUGUACGAGGCACAAUGGCGCCGCAACCUGCAGGAGGCAGCCGAUGGGAGGCUGAGCCAUGAGUGGAAGGACAUUGAGGCAUCUCUAAAGACAAACACCUUUUUCGUCACAACCGACAAAAUGCUCGGCACCUGUGCAGCGGUGAAUGCAGCUCUUGCUUGUGGGGACAGAGUUGCUGUUCUAUACGGAUCGGACAUGCCUGUUUUGUUACGCAAGGCAAGCGGCCAUACUGCUUCGAGUAGGAGCGGUUGUGAUAAAGAUGGGAAGGGGGUAUCUGUGGGAGACCCGCUGCCAUCAGAAUCUUUUCAAUUCCUUGGGGUUGCCUACGUCCAUGGCCUGAUGGAUGGUGAAGCAAUGAAUCUUGUCGACACUGGGAGGGCUACAGUUGAACAAAUCACGCUAAUUUAG